CUGGUAGCAACAUGCAUUAUGUUUAUUACUUUUUUAUCUUUACAGAAAUGGUUGUGAUAGAGCAUUGAAUAUACACCAUAGCAGGGGCUAUGUUAGGAGAAACGGCUGACUCAACAUCACAGAGUGGAGAAGGUCAAACAUCUACAGAGGUGCACCGACUUGACAGUGAUUUUAGAAUGUCAGAACCAAGCUGUAGUGCUGCUACUAAUCUUGAACAAGAUCUCUAUCCAGCAUUGAUGGCAUCUCAACCAAUAGGAACUGAUAGAUUUCAUCUUCCCAGUAGUUCAAACAAUUCUGAUGUUUUAACAGAUGACACUGAUGAUUAUAUUACUGACAACAGAAAUACAGGCUUGCUUACUGAUGAAGUACCAAGAUACCCAAGUGAUGAAGAUGAGAUUGAUGUUGUUUCCUUGGAUGCAGACUCGCAGUCAACAACAAUAAAUGGCCAGGAUUAUUUUCCAGAUUUUGAGCAUGUUGUGGAAGGAGCAGUGGAUUUAUCCAAAUUUGAAAAGCGGGCUGAAAAAGUAGCGGAAGAAAAAGUAAACAAUUCACCGAAUAAACCAGACUCGACUAUUAAAGUAAAGAAUAGUGACACAAAACAAAAAAGGAAUCGUAUGAAUAAGAGUCCUAGUGAGCAUCUGCAAAACAGGGAGGCGGCAUCCACUUCAUUAAACUCUACAAAUGAAAAUCCUAAUUUAGAAUCAGUGCCCACAAACCAACAAAACUUUUUCCCAAAUGGGCUUGGGGAAGAUUUACUUUUGCACCCAUCACAAGCAGAUCAUGAACAGGAGGUUCUUGAUCUUAGUUUACCGAAUUCUGAGAGGACGCUAAAUAAUGAACUCAAUUCUGGGGUUCACCAUCCUGUGCCGGGGUUGAUGGGAUUUCAUGAUCCACUACUAAGCGGUAGUGAGGAAAAUCAUCUUGCACCUAGCUUGGGCAUGGCCAAGACAGCUUUUCGACCAACAUGUGCCUACUUACAACAACAAAGAGCUAUGUUGCCGAUGCAUCCACACCAGUCAAGAAGUUUCAAUCUUGAAAGGACUGAGUUGAACAUUAGUGAGAGCUCCGCUUUUCGACGUCCAUCCCCCACCUUAGUGAGUAGCAGCAGUCACACAAACCCGUCAGUUACGACAAACAAUACUUCACAAGUCGUCAGUGCCGGGAGAGGUUUCCAUGAUGAUGUCGUAAAUGUAAUGCCAUCAACGAGUGGAUUGAAUAAUCCUUCUCACGACUUCAAUCAAACUAUGCAUGACCCUCUUGAUUGGCUGAUGCCUUCAGAUACCUCUGAUGAGGAUUCAGACAUAGAUAUUGUUAGUGUCAGUGAGCCAGAUUCUCAAUCUUUUCUUGGAUUUAUCCCAACAUCCAGUGGCGUUGCAAGCGGUGCCAUGUGCACAUCAACUACAAACUCGGUAGAUGCCACUCCAGUUGAGAUAAUAGAUGAUGAUGAACCUGUUGCAGGUCCAAGUCGUGAAAGGAGACAUCUAUUUGAUCAGUUGAUGGAAUUUGAUAUCACUUCAAGUAGCUCUGAUAGUGAUAGCAAUACUGAUGUGGAAGUGGUUGCUAUUGAUGCUGAUGAAGACACUGAUGAGGAUGUGCUUGAUGAUGAUGAUGAUGAUGACAUCAUAUCGAGAAGAAGCAAAUAUGUGAAGUUGGAACCAGGCUCACAACAAAGUUCUGGUGUCUGCAGUAGUAAGUCGUCCAGGAUACGGAAUAGACGCAGAGCGGUAGAUGUUGUAGAUCUUACGGUAUCAGAUGAAGAAUCCCAACCAAGUACCUCUCAAGGCAGUGUUGUACAUGCUCAGACUUCAACCCAAACUGAACCAACACAGAGUACAACUCAACAACAAUGCCAGCAUCAACAAAUUAAUGGUUUACAUCUAGAUUGUCCAGGACACCACCAUCAUCAUGCUGCUGCUGCUGCUGGUGCGGCGGAUGCCAUGCCGUCCACAUCGGCAUCAUCUAACUGUUGUCAACGUGGAACUUGUAUCUCUGCAACAUGUGGUUCAUAUAUUCCACCAAGUAGUGGUCCACAGACUACAGCUACAGUUAAUGGACACCCUGUCCUAGCACAUGAAAGUACUGGCAAUACCUCUGUCUGUGUAACACUGGAUAAUAAUAACAUGAUGAGCUGUGCUGUUGAAGCCAGAAGAAGACAACACCAUCAUCAUAACCACCAUCAUCAUCGUCCACUUAGACAACCACAUCAGAGACAGCAACACGGUGUAAAUCAGCGACAUCCAAGUCGACAGCACCAGCAUCGCCAUAACCAAACCGGUCUGAAUAGUCAGACUGACUUGCCAUUAUGUAAGUUAUAA